UUUGGGAAGUUUUAUUCCAAUUGAGCUUAUUUUGUAUACAAUUUUUCCGGAAAGUUCAUCUGCCCGUUUCUAAAUUUCUCCUUCAUUGCUGGUGUUGUGAGCUCGGAGAGAGAAAAGCGUAGGCAAACAUGGCGGCAGUUUGGAGAGCGAAGGUACCCCCAAACUCAGCAAACUUAGAAGAAGCUCGUAAAAGGGUGUUUGAAUUCUUCAAGUUAGCCUCCAGAUCACUCCCUACUGUUAUGGAUAUCUACAAUCUCAACGAUGUCACCACCAUUUCUCAACUUCGCUCUUCUAUUUCUUCUCAGAUCCGGAAGAACGCCCACAUCAAAGAUCCUAAGGGAUUGAGAGAUAUUUUCGGCAUAGCUCAGACUCCUAGCGUCAUUGUAACCGAUCGAGAUGAAGGUUUAUCUGCAGCUAUUCGUGACGUCUUCCCAGCUGUGCGGCAUUUGUUAUGCAUUUGGCAUAUUGCAAACGACGUGGAGAACAUGGUGGACAAGUUGUGUGGGGGGGAAAAAUCAACAAGGGCAAAUAUUCAGGAAAGGUAGAUGCCCGACGAAGUGCCUGCUCACCAAUGCGGGCACUAAAGGGGAACCUACUCCAUGCCUCCAAGAAGGCAUCCGAAGAAGCAAAUGUCACGGAGUAGGUACCGUGUGCCGGUCGCAUAGCCUUCGCUGGUCAGAUAGGAGCGGGGGGAAUAGCCUGCACAAUCCCGACCCACUGUCCGCUCCGGCAUGUACACCCCGAUGAUAUCAAAGCAAGUGAUAUCCCCGAUGAAGGUGGUGCGUGGGUGCUCAUUGAGCAACGCCCUAGGAGCUGAAAUGUAAGGAGUCCAUUCCACCUGCAUACAGGCCAAGUUAACAAAUAAAAAUAAUGUAAACUUAAAAACAUAGCUUAUAUUAAAGUGUGAUGUGAUGUACAAUACCUGCGUUUCCGUCGUGCAGUCUAGUAUGUUACGGCACUCCUUCAGCCUCUCCACCUCACGACAUGGUUUCUUCGUCGACUACAUCUCCACCCUUGUCUUGUUCGGCUCGUCUGCUCGGCGAGGAUGAGAGCAGAAAGCGGGAAAGUACUCAUAGAUCCAUGUCUGCAGCAAUGUGAGGCAGCCCACAAUGGUCUUGCAGCCAGCCCUAGAUGCCAUUCCGAGCUGCCGAUACAAGUAGAGCAAGGUCACCGCACCCCAGGCAAUCUCAUGCUGAUCGACGGUCACGGCAAGUAUCGGGUGAGGUCGCAUGCCGGUUCUGGUCUUAUCUGCCAGCAAGGUAGAGCCGACGAUAGCCAUGUAGUAGGCUGUCGUCUGCGUAUCCAUGGCCUGGGACCUAUGACACAGAUGCAUCAGCUCAGCAACGUUCACGCAGCCGCAAGUGAAUGCACCUCUAUGUCGAAGCUCAGACAUAGGCUCCCCGAACAAAUUGGUGACACUGACCUGCCACUCCGCCUCAGAAGGCUCAGCCAGCAGAGAACCUUCAAUAGCAAUGCCCAGUAUGUGUUGCACGUCGUGCAACAUAAUCGUCAUUUCGCCCCAUGGCAUGUGGAAGGUGUUCGUAUCCGGCUGCCACCUCUCCACGAACGCCGAUAUCAAAGCACAGUCGUUGUGCUGGUGCAUAAUGUACGGUAGUCGGCCGAGGGAAGUGGCUGGUAGAACAUCGUACAGCGCAUCGGACAUAUCCCUCAGUCCGAUGAUGGCCUCCAACAUCCUCUUCCUACUACGGCAUUCCAGAAGCGGAGGCGUACGCUCGGAGCCGUCGAAAAUAAGUUUAGCUAUGUGCCCGCCAUAGCUAGGGAUCAGUCGCGUAUCUGUCGGCUCCCCGGGCUGGGGCGAUAUGACUAACCAGUCCGUGCCAGCGGACUGUGAGCGCCUGCUCUCCCGUGGCGGCUCGUUUUCAACAAGACUACGUCCUGCACGCUCAGAUGCGGCUGAAGAACUAGGGUCGCCACGUGCGAAUCUCCUGUCACACCCCCGGACAAUAGUCCAGUCCACUGGCCGAAAGUCAGGAGCUUCGUAUUAGGUCCAGUCCACUGGAAACCCCCCAACUACUCUGAAUACUACUAGCCUGGUCCUCAACAGGGGUUCGCACUAGGUCCAGCGCACUCGACCUUUGGGCAAUACUGUGUCUGGCAGCCUCUUCCUGCCUAGCCCUCCUAGCAGAACCUGUUACCCCCUCUCAUGCGGGUCCCCUCUGAGUUAGGUAGGCCGAGAACUAUUACCUCUCAACAUGUGUCUAAAAAAACCCUCUCCUUUUCCUUGAUUACCAGCCAUUUACUACAAUGUUUAAUCAUUUAAGUAAAUAUUAAUAAUAAAUGAACAUAAUCAAACGUUACGUUAAAUUAACCACAUGAAAAAAAACAAUAAUUAAUUAGCAACAACAAAAUUUAAAUAAUCAUUACCAACAAAUACA